AUGCGCUUUGCAGCAGCAGCUAGAACGCUAGGGGCCCCCAGUACCCUGGGGGGCCCCCCCUCCCUGGGGGGCUCCCCUAGCUGGGGGCCCCCGAGGGUACUGGGGGGCCCCCCUAGCUGGGGGCCCCCUAGGGUACUGAGGGGCCCCACGAGCCCCAGAGGUGCUGCUGCUGAUGCUGUAAUAAUAAGGCACUGCAGCAGCAGCAGCAGCAGCAGCAUGUGCUGCUGCUGCUCGUUGCAUGCGCUCUUGUACAGAGAAGGCUUGAGGGCCCCCCGUACCCUCAGGGGGGCCCCCCUGCCAGCAGCAAUUUAUUUUUCGGGUUUUUCCGUUUUUGCUUCUGAGGGUUUUCUUCUAAACAAACAAAUCAAUUUGUCUUCAGCCAGGCUGCUGCAGGUGCAGCAGCAGCAGCAGCAUGUGCACGAGCAGCAGCAGCAGCAGCAGGUGCACGACCAGCAGCAGCAGCAGGUGCGCGAGCAGCAGCACCAGCAGCAGCACCAGCAGCAGAUGCACGAGCAGCAGCAGCAGCAGCAGAAGCAGCAGCAGGUGCAUGAGCAGCAGCAGCAGCAGGAGCAGGAGCAGAACAUGCAACAGCAGCAGCAGAAGCAGCAGCAGCAGCAGGUGCACCAGCAGCAGCAGCAGCGGAAGCAGCAGCAGAAGCAGCACGAGUACAGCUACGAUCCAGCAGCAAAACCGAAAAGGUUUCGGCUGAGUGCAGCAGCAAGCAGCAAAGACGCGCAGCGAGUGCUGCAGCAGCUAAGAGCAGCGCUGCAGCAGCAGCGGCCAGUUCACCUAGAGAUACUGUCCCCUCCGCCGCCCCACAGACCUGCUGCUGCUGCUGCUGCAGCAGCAGCAGCAGCAGCAAGGGUGCAGCAAGUCGAUGCGCUUGCCCGCACAGUUGUGCUGCAGAACAGAGAUAUAGCCAAGGCAGCAAAUCUCCCCCUCAACGUUGCUGCUUUGCUGCGGCAGCAGCAGCUGCAGCAGCAGCUGCAGCAGCAGCAGCAGCAAGAGCAGCAGAAGCAGCAGCAGAAGCAGCAGCAAAAGCAAAAGCCACACACACAUAU